AUGGAGACUGCUACUUGCGCCCCCCUAAGCGAUCCAUUGGGUGGCAAGGCACACACGUUCCCCGACUUAUUCAUGAUGGUGAUUGUAGGAAUUGCGCUUUGCGUCGUGCUCAUCCGCAUGCUGUUUAUUGUAUUUCCCAUGUUAACACAGAGAUCCAAGUCCAACAGUCUUACUACCAGUACUGGUGCUUUGCGCAGCCGGAAAACUCAGGACAGACAUCCCGUUAAGAAAACGACCAGCGUACGCGACCGCUUGGAGCGUGACACGCACACGCGACUACCGCGCCGAUCCACGUACUACUCGAUGCCUUUCUUCGCCGACACGGUCGCUAACAAACAGGAAUUUGUGGAGAGCCUUAUGGAGCUUGGCGAUGCAUCGCUGGACGGAUGGUUAUUGGUAAAAAAAGGUCUACAACGCGGCAAACAGUGGAAGAAACGCUUUGUUGUUCUGGAUGCACACGCGAGGAUUAAAUAUUACCCGAAUGCAGACGCAGCAAGACGCAAUACGAACGUUAAGGGAUUGCUUGCCGUGCACGCUGUCAAGCCCGCCAAUCCCUUUGAGUUUGGCUCCAAUACAAUUGAGGUUAAAGGCACACUAGGUGGUACAUACUUUUUUAGGGCGGAGGACGACAUGGCUACGCGCUCGUGGCUGUGUGUAUUGACGAUGCGCGCCAUCCAGGGCCACGUACCAGGACGCAUCGACAGUGUGCUAAGUGCAGCGGUGGCUUCCCACCAGGCAGUAUUGGCAGCGAAUAGCUCUGCUACUACUUCGCUCUCGACGGCGGCAAAACUGCAUUCGUUUUCCGACUCGAACGAAAAUGGUUUCAAUGCGCAAAAUUUGCUGAGCGGUACUGGAGACGAUGUCGAAGUUUCUCCUGUGCGGCUGAAAUCACACGCUGUGGAGCUAGUAGUGCAGGAUAUGAGCUACGAGAAGGAUGCAUCGCUGCGCCAAUUUUAUGUGGUGGCCAAGUUUAAAUCCGAGCUUCAUGACUACUCGGGCGUACCCGUGGGACAGACUUCUCCUAAGCCGAGGGGUGAGAAGGGUGAGAAAGGAGCUGCGGUUAAUUGGAAUGAAAAGCUGACAUGGCACUUUCAAGACCACUUGUGCUCGGAUUGCUUAGAGUGCCGCUCGCUGGGGGCAAUGUCCGGCGCUUUUUGUGGCCUACCUGAUAUUAUGGUGCUACACGUAUACGAGAUCCAUCUGCGCUACCUCACCACGAAAAUUGGCGAAGUCUCUUUGUGUCUUCGCGAACUGCUGGGCUUUACAGGCAUGCAAACUGCGCAAAUUACAUGUGCAUGGCCCGUCACGUCUACAUGUGAUACUAUCGUUGGUCAGCUUAUGCUUUCGCUGAAAUACUCCGUGGACAAUGCAGGUAGUGCAGAGCUUAUACAAUUUUUGGUGACGUCUACUGAUGAACGCGAACAGGUAGGCGAAUACCUGCUCCACACGAAUCUAAGAAGCAGCUACGAUUUUUUCCAAAAUUUUCUAGCAAACGGCACGUCGGACCGCUUGAACGAGUACUACAAGGAGCGUGGUGAUACAGAGAUCGAAGUUGGUGACUGGAUUUCAUCGAAGGAGUUUGGUGGCCAAGUGCGCACAAUAAGUUGCCGCUCACCUACGAAUGCAUCCAUUGGUCCCUCUCACACCAUGACAACCACGACUGAACACGUUCCUUUUGACGAGGGUGGCAUUGAUGCCAACGAGAAGCUCAUCAUGCAAUCAAAGGUUGUCAUGCACGAUAUUCCUUAUGGCGACUGUUUCUCGGUCGAAAAGGUCACGGUAGUGGAACAUGUCCAAUCUAACGAUGGAAGCGCAGGGCAGCUAGUAGCCAAGAUUUACUUGGGUGUGCCAUUUUCGAAGGGGUGUAUGUUUAAGUCAAAGAUCAUUUCGGCAACACGCGAGGCGAUGAGUAGUUCAUCGCGGUUGUAUUUCCACAUGGUGAACCGCUCGAUGGAGAAUUUUGGCACAGGUCUCGCUGGAGCACCACGUAAUCCAUUUUUGAUAUCCAGCGACGAGGAAAGGCAGGUGGUGGGUGAGUAUGAACUGCACCCGGCUAUAAAAAACGCUUUACACUUUUUUGACCUAUUUUACGCCGACAAUACGUUGUCGCGAUGGCAAAAUAUUUUUAACGAAGCAGGAGAUACGGAUCAUGUAGUCAGCAAGUGGGAGGAUUCGAAAGAGUAUGGUGGCCAGGUGCGUGAGAUAAAAUACCGUGCCAAAAGUACGUCACCGCUUGGACCUUCUUCGACGAUGGCAGAACAGAUUGUGCAUGUCCCUUUCUCGUCUCAGGACCGUGACAGCUUGGAUGCAGAUCGACUCGUGAUCGAACACAAGUUAACACUGCUUGAAAUUCCUUAUGGGGAUUGUUUUCACGUCGAGACGGUGUAUGCGAUAGAGCCGUGCACGGAUGCUAUCGGGUCCCCAAUGGUUGCUAAGGUGUAUGUCGGAGUCCCGUUUUCAAAAAGCACAAUGUUUAAGUCGAAGAUCAUGUCCGCCACAAAAGAGGGUGUUGUUAAAAGUACAAAGAUGGUCUUUGAGGGGCUCAAAAAAGCAUUGGAUGCGGAAGAACCAAAAGCUACAUCUGGAGAUGUCUACCACUUUUCUGGUGCUGAGCACGAAAAUAGUACGCGUGGCCGACCGCAGAGGAGUUUAUCCGCAGGGGUCGUUUCUAGCCGGCGACCAAGUGUUGUGCGCUACAACAGUACUCUCGACGGAAGCGUAGGACUUGAGGAGAUUUUUGAAAACCAGCGUGUAAGCAUGUUUGGAAAGUGGGCGCCCAAUCACUUGCUGCCUACAGAUCGCCCUCGCUUUUCAAACCGAGAUGGUGACAAGGCAAUGAGCUUUGAGCAGGUUUCGCUACCUCCUAAUUGGAGCUGGACAACUCCGUGGCGGAUUGACAAGAGUUACACGGAUUGCGAUGACGAGGGCUGGAGUUAUGCCACAGAUUUCCCGCGAUUUAAGUUUCACCUAGCUCGUGGCAAGUCAAGUAUGAAGCGUUUGGGAGCGUCGGUACGCCGCCGUCGUUGGAUCCGAAUGAUGGCGUACGUACCGCCCGAGCUUACAUCUGACACGUCAAGUCCGCCACCUGCCGGUGACAAUGCAACGCACCGAAAACGCAGCCGCGGUAGUCAAGGCAGCAGCAGCGGCUCCAUGGGCUCCUAG